GAUUUUGAUGUUUUCCAGAUGAAAAGAUCUAAAAAAAAAAAAGGCAUCUCGGAGAUGUACGUGUGCUAUCUGGGUGAAUUUUCAAAGUGUAGUAUCAUCUCACAUGGAACACAUAAUGUUCUAUUACUACACGGAAGCAUUCGCCAUUAAAUAGCUGACGGAAGUGAUGUUUAAAACACAUGCAAUGCAUUGCCGUUAGCUUUAGCAUGUUAUCCAAACCAGAGACUAUUUAGCAGAGACAAACCACUUCUAUUAAAAUGAAUGUGAGAAAUUGGAACACCCAACCAAGGAGCUCUAAGUGACCAGUGGUCAGCGGAUGUAGAAAGGAAGUCCCGCCUUACAGGUAAUGAGUCAAUCCCCUUUUAGAAACAGACAUCAGCUGUUAAUCAUCUCGAGAACGCGCAUGCGCAUUAGCUAUACAAGCCAGGAACAAUUUUGUUUUUAGCAUAAUCUGAGGUAAAGAAACACAAUUUAUGAUACAGUUGUUGUCAGAUUUUAAUGCUGAUUUGAAAUAUGUGAUUUGAUCAUAACCUUGACCAGCUGUUUUGGAGAUUUCUGUCUUUCCUUAUUCAAGCAGAUAGGAGCUGUACUUUCAUGACUGGAAAUAGCUUCCCGGGAGCAUUCCAAAUAGGGCCGCAAUUGGACUGACUUGCUAGAAAGACUUUGGCCAACCUCAGUUCAACACGUGUAUCUCAAAAAACGUACAUUCUCACACAGAGUGGGGUGAUGAUCAGCAACUCAGCAUAACUCCACCCCUUCCGCUAUGUAUGGCAAGCCACGAGCGCUGAGUGCAUGAAGUGUCCAACAUUCCACACUUUGUUUUGAUGGCUGAAGAAGUGCAUCAUCCAGUCUGUCUGUGUCUAUUGGUCACGACACUGCAAACUCUGGUUCCAAACGGACAGAAACACACAGUGAGGCAGACAGUAUCAACCCCGCCGACUGAAGUACACAGCACUACAUACAUCAGAGCAGAUCUUGGCCAUGGAGAGAGAAAAACAUUCGACUGUGCUAACAAGACCAUCUGUAACAUGUACUGUUCGUUUUGUGUGAGCAAUGAUUGGACACCUCAAGGAUGCUAUGAAACCCUGGUUUCAUUGUGUAAAAUUAAUUUUGAUAAUGCUAUGGAGUCCAUAAACAGUACCAACUGGUGUUCAUUGGAACGAGUAAAAAGUGCCUACAACAAUUUCACUGUGUGUACCGAGUCUAUUGCGGACUGUUUGCUGCUUCCCUGGCCUAACAAUUUUGUUGAACGCACAUUUGUGGAUAUCCACUCCAAAUAUUUUCUAGAGUGUCCCACAGAGGGACUGAGAGACCCCCCUCCCAGCAUCGUUCUUGCCCUAGUCAUGACCCCCAUAUGCCUAAUCCCUGUUAUGGUGAUUCUAGUUGUUCUCAAGACCAAAAAUGGAGAUAGGAGGUCCUAGAGAAGAUUCCAGAUCCAAGAAGACUUUGUUCUUAUACCUUCCUCUACUUUGUUGGGGUAGAAUCCCACCGCUGCCCCAGGAUAAUUUCUUGGCCUGACACUGGGCCAAUGAAUUUGCACCUGACCAUCUCCAGGUUUGAAUACUUAAGUGAAGGAUGGCCAAUAGUUUGUCGGGGCUCUGACUGGCAAAAUAUUAUUGCACCUCAAUGAGGCUGAGUAAACUCAUUGAUGGUUAGAAAAUUGCAUUUGCAUUGACAGUCACAUCUCUGAAUUGCACACUUUUCUGUUGUCUUCAGGUUUAAAUGCAUAAUCCAUUGAAAUGUGAAAUGACAAUGGUUAAAAGAUUCAUUUGAAUUAAUCAGACAUACAAGAUUUAUUGAGUGACCCCUUUAUGCACUGUAAGAAAUGGUAACUUAACUCAUGUUUUAAAGGAAUAGUUCACCCAAAAAUGAUAAUUAUCUUAUCGUUUACUCACCCUCAUGUCAUCUCAUACUUGUAUGACUUUCUUCCGCAGAACACAAACAAAGGUAUUUUAUUGGAUAUAUGAUGUCUGAUGUAUGAUGUCCAUACAAUGCAAGUGAAUGGUGACCAAAUUUUCAAGCUCCAAAAAGGACAUAAAGUCAUCAUAAAGGUAAUCCAUUAAACUCCAGUGAUUUAAUCCAUGUCUUCUUAAGUGAUCUAAUCGGGUGAGAACAGAACAAAAUGUAACUCUUUUUUCACUGUACAUCUUGCAUUGCAGUCUCUAGGCACGAUCAUGCUUUCAAGCUAGAUUACAUUUCCUAGUGCUUGACACAUGUGCAGAGUGCUAGAUUCCCCUAUUGGAAGUGUAAUCAAGCUUGAAAUCAUGAUUGCCAAGGAGACUGCUUAUGUCAAGAUUUAAGGAGUCAUACUUUGGUCUGUUCUCACCCAAAAUCAAUUGGAUCACAUUAGAAGACAUUGAUUAAACCACUGGAGGUUUAUGGAUUACUUUUAUGCUGCCGUUAAGUCCUUUUUGGAGCUUGAAAAUUUGGUCACUAUUCACUUACAUUGUAUGGACAAAACACCUUAUAUCUUCAUCAAAAUGUGUUUGUUUGUGUUCUGUGGAAGAAAGAAAGUCAUACAAGUUUGAGACGACAUAAGGGUGAGUAAAUGAUGGGAGAAUUAUCCUUUUUGGUCGAACUAUUCCUUAAAUGUAGAUUUUGUUGUUAGUUAAUUGACAAGUGCUGUUUAGCUGGCUCUGAUUAUAGCCUUUGUGAUUUCAUUUCUAUUUUGACACAAGUCAUAAAGAUUGACUUUUUAAAUGUA